GAAACUCACUUCUAGUGAGAGAAAAUCCUUCAAUACCCAUCUUUCAUUCUCACUCACCAUUCCAGUUUUAGAGUGAGAGAGAGAGAGAGUUUUUAUGUUAUGUGGUGGAAGGGUCUUCUUAACUAGGAGUCUUUAUGUUAUGAUAUGUGAUAUUGGGACAUGGAGAGGGUUGCAGAGCCGAAGGCACUUCCUCGGUCAUUUCCUAUCCUUGUUGAGGUAUCGAAUGCGCACACGGCUGCAGCAAGAGAGGCAGGUCAGAGAAUCGUUGGGCAGGAGGUUUCAAGUGCUGGGGGGAUUUCAGCAAGAGAAGUGAAUCAAUUGUCAAAGGCAAGGGAUGUGCCUAUCUCGCGUUUGGCCUCCAUCAGAGAAGUGGCUCAGUUAUCAAAUGCGCGGAUAAUUUUGGUAAGGGAUGAUAUGGGAUUCGAUACUCGAGCCUCUCAAGAAUCUCUCACCUUUGCGCCUGAUAGAACAUGGAAAGGAAAGGCCUCUAUACCCGAACUAGAAGAACUGAUGCCUGAUGUUGAGAUUGAGACUUUGAAGGAUAGUAGUGAUUCAAUUGAGGAUAGUGGUCCAAGUUUAUUUGCUGGUGCUAGUCAUCCCCCUGAACCUGUUGAUACAGAUCUUAUGAGAACGGUUUAUGUACCAAUAGGUCAAAACAAAUCUGAGGCUGGAUGCUUAAUGAAGAGCUUACCCUUGAAGGGCCCUUUCCUUGAAGAUCUCUCAAUUCGUGUUCCCACCAACAAACCAAGUCCAGCUUUUCUUUCCCCUGAAGAAAGUCUGGUUGAAGAAUUAAAUGACAUAGUAAACUUAUCCUCACCAUUUUUGGGUGCACGAGCAUCACAGAAUACCGAGAACUCUCUCCUCCCUCCAGAUUCUGAGGAAAAAGAAUGUGUUUGGGAUGCUUCUCUGCCUCCUAGUGGCAAUGUCAGUCCACUUAGUAGUAUUGAUAGUACUGGUGUUGUCACAGCAAUGAGCAUUGUUAAUAGUUGCGCUAGUACAUAUCGGAGUGAUGCAAUCACUAGUGAUGGCAUGCUUAGUUUAGACAGGAACUGUGAUAGUACUAAAGGGAGUGUAAGGGGUGAUUCACUAGAGAGUGCAAAAACUAGUGCUAGUCGGGCAAGUGAUAGCAGUGGCCUCAGUGAUGACAGCAACUGGAGCAACAUUACUGGUAGUGCCAAUAAGCCUCACAAAGGAAAUGAUCCUAGGUGGAAGGCUAUCCUUGCCAUCCGAUUACGGGAUGGAAUUUUGGGCAUGAGUCAUUUUAGGUUACUCAAACGACUUGGAUGUGGUGAUAUUGGAAGUGUAUAUCUCUCAGAGUUGAGUGGAACUCGGUGUUAUUUUGCAAUGAAGGUUAUGGAUAAGGCUUCCCUAGCAAGCAGAAAGAAGCUGACUAGAGCACAGACAGAGAGGGAGAUAUUGCAGUUGCUGGAUCAUCCAUUUCUACCAACUUUGUAUACACAUUUUGAGACUGACAGAUUCUCCUGUUUGGUAAUGGAAUAUUGUCCUGGAGGUGAUCUACACACUUUAAGGCAGCGGCAACCUGGAAAACAUUUCUCGGAAUAUGCUGCACGCUUUUAUGCUGCGGAGGUCCUGCUGGCUCUUGAAUAUCUUCACAUGCUUGGAGUUGUGUAUAGAGACCUUAAACCUGAAAAUGUGUUGGUCCGAGAUGAUGGUCACAUAAUGCUCUCAGAUUUUGAUCUUUCCCUCAGAUGUGCUGUUUCACCGACUCUUAUUAGAACUUCCUACAAUGGCGACCCUUCAAAACGGGCUGGUGGUGGUGCAUUCUGUGUUCAACCUGCUUGUAUUGAGCCAUCAUCAGUAUGCAUCCAACCUGCAUGUUUUAUUCCUCGGCUUUUUCCUCAGAAAAACAAAAAGUCGCGGAAGCCAAGAGCUGAGCCUGGGAUGCCUUCUAGCACACUUCCAGAGCUUGUUGCUGAGCCUACUUCAGCACGAUCUAUGUCCUUCGUUGGCACCCAUGAAUACCUCGCCCCUGAAAUUAUCAAAGGAGAAGGUCAUGGCAGUGCAGUUGAUUGGUGGACAUUUGGAAUUUUCUUGCAUGAGCUAUUAUAUGGUAAAACCCCUUUCAAAGGGUCAGGAAACCGUGCUACACUUUUCAAUGUAGUAGGCCAGCAACUCAGGUUUCCCGAAUCACCCGCAACCAGUUAUGCCAGCCGGGAUCUUAUCCGUGGCUUGCUGGUGAAGGAGCCACAGCAUCGUCUUGGGGUUAAGAGGGGUGCAACUGAGCUCAAGCAACACCCUUUCUUUGAAGGUGUGAACUGGGCAUUGAUUAGGUGCAGCACACCACCAGAAGUGCCAAGACCAAUGGAAAAUGAGCUACCAGGGAAGGUUGGAGCAGUUGAUAAUGUUAGUGUUGGCAGCACUAGUAAGAGGAUAGUAGGUACUGACAUGAAGUCUGGUGGUAAAUAUCUGGACUUUGAGUUCUUUUAGUUUGGAUUCCUCAAACUUCUUUUUAUUGUAUUGCCAUUAUUCAGUUAUUUUCACAGAGGGCUGCUCAGCAUUACCAUGUAAUUUCAGCUUACCUGCCUUUUGGAAAAAUUCCGUUUCAGUUGGAAAUAUUAAGAUACCCCAAGUUUAGAUUAGGUUGGAUCUCCUUGUCUGAUCCCAGAAUACAUAUGGAUAAUCCAUAAUGUAGUGUUUCUAUACAGAAUUUAAAACUUCUCAUGAAAAUUAUUAAUCUCUAUAU